AUGCGGUCUAGAAAAAGAAGAAUGUUUGCACUUUCUGGAAUGAAGGAAGAAGUGAAUUUUGUGGGAGGGAGGGAAGGCCACAAGAAUAUUGAUGAGUGUGAAAAUGACUUCUACAAUGGGGGUUGUGUCCAUGAGUGUAUCAACAUUCCGGGCAACUACCGGUGUACAUGCUAUGAUGGAUUCAUGUUAGCUCACGAUGGCCACAACUGUCUUGAUGUUGAUGAGUGUCAGGAUAACAAUGGAGGGUGCCAGCAGAUUUGUGUAAAUACUAUGGGCAGCUAUGAAUGUCAGUGCAAAGAGGGCUUUUUUCUGAGUGAUAACCAGCAUACCUGCAUUCAUCGCUCCAUCGAGGGUAUGAACUGUAUGAACAAAGAUCAUGGGUGUGCACAUAUCUGCCGGGAGACGCCCAAAGGUGGGGUUGCCUGUGAAUGUAGGCCUGGCUUUGAACUUGCCAAAAACCAGAAGGACUGCAAAUUAACCUGUAACUAUGGGAAUGGAGGCUGCCAGCACACCUGUGAUGACACAGAUACUGGCCCUGUGUGUGGUUGUCAUCAGAAGUAUGCCCUGCAUUCAGAUGGCCGAACCUGCAUUGAGAAGGAUGAGGCUGCAAUUGAGAGUUCUGAGUACAAUGCCACGUCAGUAGCUGAUGUGGACAAGCGGGUGAAACGGCGGCUACUUAUGG